AUGAGCAGGAGACACUUGAAGUCUCUGCUCUCCACCUUCUCUUCUUCCCACUUGUUCCAAUCCCACCCCCAUUACCAAACCCUCAAUCCCUCCUUCUCCAGAUUCCUCUCCUCCUCCUCCUCCUCUCCGCCCCACUCUCUCCCCGGCCUCGUCGACCCCCACGACCUCCCCCCUCCCUCCCCCACCGCCCAAGACUUCGCCUUUCUCCGCGCCCCCGUCUCCAACAACUCCCCCAACGACGCCGUUUUGAUCUCCAACGCCCUCAGGACUAGUACUGAUUCCUUCGGGGUCGAGACCCAGAAGCUUCUCAGGAGGUUUAGGGAUGAUCUGACUGAAAAUUUAGUGGUGCAGGUUUUGAAUCUGGUUAAUAGUCCUGAGCUGGGCGUCAAGUUUUUCAUUUGGGCAGGUAGACAGAUUGGGUACAGUCAUACAUUGGCGGUAUAUAAUGCACUGCUUGAGUUACUGGAGCGUGGCGGCGGCGGUGAGAGAGUGCCGGAGCAUUUUCUAAGAGAGAUUAGGGGGGAGGAUAGGGAGGUGCUUGGGAAGUUGCUGAAUGUGUUGAUUCGGAGGUGUUGUCGGAAUGGGAUGUGGAAUGUGGCUUUGGAGGAGCUGGGGAGGCUCAAGGAUUUCGGGCACAGGCCGAGCCAGGCGACUUACAAUUGCUUGGUGCAGGUGUUUUUGAGAGCUGAGAGGCUGGACACGGCGCAUUUGGUUCAUGGGGAGAUGGUGGAGUUGGGGUUUAAGAUGGAUGAGUAUACUUUGGGGUGUUUUGGUCAUGCGCUCUGUAAAGCUGGGAGGUGGAGGGAGGGACUGGCUUUGAUUGACAAGGAAGAGUUUCUGCCCAAUGCUGUUGUUUAUACCAAGAUGAUAUCGGGGUUGUGUGAGGCUUCACUUUUCGAUGAGGCUUUGGAUUUCUUGAGUAGAAUGCGAUGUGAUUCGUGUGUUCCGAAUGUUGUAACCUAUAGGACUUUGCUUUGUGGAUGUUUGAGGAAAAAUCAGCUUGGCAGGUGCAAGAGGAUUAUAAGUAUGAUGAUCACGGAAGGGUGUUAUCCUAGCCCUAGUAUAUUUAAUUCUCUUGUUCAUGCUUAUUGCAGAUCAGGAGAUUACUCUUAUGCUUAUAAGUUGCUAAAGAAAAUGGUUAAAUGUCAUUGCCAGCCAGGCUAUGUGGUUUACAAUAUCUUGAUUGGUGGUAUCUGUGGAGACAAAGAUUUACCUACGUUAGAUCUGUUAGACAUGGCUGAAAAAGCUUAUGGGGAGAUGCUCAAUGCAGGAGUUGUGCUAAAUAAGGUAAAUGUAGGCAAUUUUGUCCGAUGUCUUUGUGGCCAUGGAAAAUUUGACAAAGCAUACAAGGUCAUCAGUGAAAUGAUGAGCAAAGGUUUUGUUCCCGACACUGGUACUUACUCUAAAGUUAUUGGCUUUUUGUGCAAUGCCUCCAAGGUAGAACAAGCUUUUUUGUUAUUUAAAGAAAUGAAACAAAAUGGUGUUGUUCCUGAUGUCUACACAUAUACUAUCUUAAUUGAUAGCUUUUCUAAGGCUGGCCUUAUUGAACAGGCUCAGAGUUGGUUUAGUGAAAUGGUAGGAAAUGGCUGUUUACCAAACGUGGUGACUUAUACUGCUCUUAUACAUGCAUACCUUAAAGCAAGGAAAGUGCGUGAUGCAAAUCAACUCUUUGAGAUGAUGUUGAUUCAAGGUUGCAUUCCUAAUGGAGUUACUUACAGUGCCUUGAUUGAUGGCCACUGUAAAGCUGGAGAGACUGAAAAGGCUUGCCUGAUUUAUGCAAGAAUGAGAGGUAAUGUGGAAGUCUCUGAUGUUGAUAUGUAUUUCAAUGAUCAGAGUUUGAUAGAGCCUAACGUUCAUACUUAUGGAGCUUUAGUGGAUGGUUUAUGUAAAGCCAACAAGGUCAAAGAGGCCAGUGACUUAUUGGAUGCUAUGUUGGUAGAAGGUUGUGAACCUAACCACAUUGUUUAUGAUGCUCUUAUAGAUGGAUUUUGCAAGUCUGGGAAGCUCGAUGAAGCACAAAAGGUGUUUGCUAGAAUGUCAGAGCACGGAUAUAGUCCAAAUGAGUAUACAUACAGCUCUUUGAUUGACAGGUUGUUCAAGGAUAAAAGACUAGAUCUUGUUUUGAAAGUUGUGUCUAAAAUGUUAGAAAACUCUUGUUCACCGAAUGUUGUUAUCUAUACAGAGAUGGUCGAUGGCCUUUGUAAGGUUGGAAAGACAGAUGAAGCUUAUAAGCUUAUGCUUAUGAUGGAAGAGAAAGGAUGUUAUCCCAACGUUGUGACUUAUACUGCAAUGAUAGAUGGGCUUGGGAAAGCAGGCAGAACAGACAAAUGCAUUGAGCUCUUUAAAGCAAUGAGCUCCAAGGGUUGUGCUCCCAAUUUUAUCACCUACAAGGUUCUGAUAAACCAUUGCUGUGUAAAUGGUCUUUUGGAUGAAGCUCAUAAACUAUUGGAUGAAAUGAAACAAACGUAUUGGCCAAAGCAUUUGGCUGGCUACCGUAAAGUUAUUGAAGGUUACAACCGAGAGUUCGUCACCUCACUUGGGAUUUUAAAUGAGAUAAGUGAGUGCGAUUCAUUGCCAAUUGCUCACGUUUACAGAGUUUUGGUUGAUAAUUUUGUAAAGGCUGGACGACUGGAUGUGGCUCUGGAGCUGCAUGAAGAAAUCUCUUCUUCUACCCCUUUUACAUCUGUGAACAAGGAUAUGUAUACUUUACUGAUCGAGAACCUAUCACAUGCAAAUAAGCCUGAUAAGGCACUACAGAUGUUUGCAGAAAUGAUAAGGCUGGGUGGUUAUCCAGAAAUUAGUACAUUUUUCCACCUCAUCAAAGGGCUAAUUAAAACUAAUAGGUGGGAUGAAGCUCUUCUGCUGUCGGAUAGCAUAUGUCAGAUGGAUAUCCGAUGGCUUCUGCAAGAAGAGACAUAUGACAGGAAGUAGUUUGUUUUCUACCCAAUGAUUGCUGUUCAGUGCUCACUUGUUCAGUCGAUGACUCACUGGACAAAGCAUGGGCAAAAGGCUUAUGGCAGAUGGUGCUGAAUGGGCAUAUGGAGGUCACUGCUGCUAGAAUUUGUUUACUGCUCCAAUACCAUUUUCAUCCUUGAUCGUCACAAGGACAAUUUCACAUGAUUUCACUCAAAGAACAGUUGAUUGAAGUCAGUCAUGAAAACCGGGCCAUGGGAAGACACAAUCAUCGAGAAUUUAUUUAACAGCUGGUCCAGCCAUGACAGAACUAGAAAUAUGGAGGGAUUCGAUCUGUUUGGUCCAUUGUUGAAGAUGUUGUCAACCUCUUGAACAUGGCAUCAACAUGGUUUGUUCUAUCUCCCAAAUGAUGUGAAACAAAAAGAAGUCAGGAAGAAAGAGUGGGAUAGUUUCAGACAUGAUUAGGAAUCAACAUGGCAAGCUCGAGCAGAAUGUACAACAUCUAUUGGUUGCACUGAUGAUCUCCUUCAGUUUAUGCCUAAUGAAUGACUCCCUCCAAGCAAUAAUUUAGGUGAAACUGUUGGAAGGCAGAAUUAGUGUGGCCUCGUUAUUGGAAUGUGGUGAGAAUUAGUGCGUUUGAAUGAUAAAUGAACUUGAUUGAUCCUUGCAAAUGGAAGUUGAUUAUGGGGUAGGGUAAUCAAGGGUAAUGAGAUCAAAUAGGUAUCAUUUGAAGGCAAGGGUUGUACUCCAUUGCGCCUAUUUUUACUGGUAGCAAUUUCUUGUUCUCAUUUGAAUUGGUAAUUGUUAAACUGUGGCCAGGGAUCAAAACCUGCUUUCUAGUAGUGCUGGAACAUGAGGUUUCUAGCAUGCAGUUGCCUGAAAUGUUUCCUGCCAAACGUUUUGGAUAUUCAAGGGGAGAUACUGCUGUUUUGGAACUUCUGUAGUGCAAUUGUCAAAUUGCCUUGUGCACUGGAAAGAGUUGUUUCUGGGUUUUGUUGCUGUCUGCAAUUAGCUCAAGUGAAAAGACCUGAUGCUGGUUCCCCUUUCCCUAUAUUUGAGACUUAUUUUUGCACAGCCUCCACAAACUGCCACUCGAACUCAUUGGCUUGGCGCAUCAGAGAGAUGACCAGGUUAAAAUUGACCAGGGCAUGCAUGUAUAUGGAAGCUAGCUAGGAACGAAAUCAGAUAACGUCACACACGUUUUCCUUAGUCCAUGGAAAUAAGAGAUGGAGCUUUCGGGUGGUUUUGGGUUAGUUUUAGUUGUUAUUUCAGUAACAGU